UCUGAUCUGCUAUCGGCGGCCCAGUCUACUCCAUCUCCAUUGAACCUCUCCUCUACUUUCUCUCUCUAGAACUCUACCUUCUCUCUCUAGAAAAGACAAUUAAGGUGUUUGUUGAGAAUGGUGGCGAGUUCAUAUCCAUAAUUAACUCUGUAACCUCUGAUAUCUCAUUCUUUCUCUCUCCAUUUCUUUCUUUCUUAUUUAGCAAUCUUAAGCUUGAACCAGUUCACGCAAAGUUUUGAUCUUCACUGUUAUCUUCGUCUGAAUUGGGCCAAGAUGCCGGGAUUAGUAUCAAUCAAAACCCCACCGGACGCGCCGCCGCUACGGAUCUCAGUAUCCGAAGCCCCAACACCCACUCAUGCCCAAAGAUCCGAACCCGGAAUACCCAAAACCCCAUCUCCACUACCCAAGAGGAUGCCGUCUCCUUCCGCCUCCGGCUCCGCUCCUCGGUCUAAACCCUCGCCGGACCGACGAUCGAAGAAGCCGCAACCGGAAAGUCCGAACCAGAUCCUGUCCGAGACUUCACUGGAUAAUCCGGAUCUCGGGCCGUUUUUACUGAAAUUGGCCAGAGACACGAUCGCCUCCGGGGAAGGCCCAAUUAAGGCUCUGGACUUCGCUGUUCGGGCUUCGAAGUCGUUUGAGCGAUGCGCUGUUGAUGGAGAGCCUAGUUUGGACUUGGCUAUGAGUCUUCAUGUUCUCGCUGCUAUAUACUGUAGCUUGGGGAGGUUUGAGGAGGCUGUACCGGUUCUGGAGAGGGCGAUUCAGGUGCCUGACGUUCCGAGGGGUGCGGAUCACGCGCUCGCUGCCUUCUCUGGGCAUAUGCAGUUGGGAGACACGUACUCAAUGCUGGGGCAGGUAGACCGUUCCAUUUUGUGCUAUGAGGAGGGAUUGAAGAUCCAGAUCGAAGCAUUGGGCGAUACUGAUCCCAGAGUUGGGGAAACUUCCAGGUAUUUAGCUGAGGCCCAUGUUCAAGCAAUGCAGUUUGAUAGAGCAGAAGAAUUGUGCAUGAAAACUCUUGAAAUUCAUCGUGUUCACAGUGAACCAGCAUCUCUUGAAGAGGCAGCUGACCGUAGGUUAAUAGCCCUUGUAUGCGAAGCAAAGGGGGAUUAUGAAUCAGCCCUUGAGCAUCUUGUCCUUGCCAGCAUGGCAAUGAUUGCAAAUGGUCAAGAUACUGAAGUUGCGGCUAUUGAUGUAAGCAUAGGCAACAAUUACAUGUCUCUUUGUCGCUUUGAUGAGGCUAUCUUCUCCUACCAAAAAGCGCUUACUGUUUUCAAGUCGUCAAAGGGAGACAGCCAUCCAUCGGUUGCUUCUGUCUUUGUACGUCUUGCUGACCUAUACCAUCGAACAGGAAAGCUUCGUGAGUCCAAGUCAUAUUGUGAAAAUGCUCUGAGGAUAUAUUCAAAACCUGUCCCUGGAACUACGGCAGAAGAGAUUGCUGGUGGGCUAACUGAAAUUUCUGCUAUAUAUGAGUCUGUUGAUGAACCAGAGGAGGCACUGAAGCUCUUGCAAAAGGCAAUGAAGUUGUUGGAGGAUAAGCCGGGACAGCAAAGCACAAUUGCUGGAAUAGAGGCACGAAUGGGAGUGAUGUUUUAUAUGCUUGGGAGAUACGAAGAAGCAAGGAGCUCUUUCGAAAGUGCUGUAGUAAAACUUAGAGCUAGUGGAGAAAGAAAGUCGGCUUUCUUUGGGGUUGUGUUGAACCAGAUGGGAUUGGCUUGUGUGCAGCUGUUUAAGAUAGAUGAAGCUGCUGAGUUAUUUGAAGAAGCAAGGGGGAUACUAGAACAAGAAUGUGGCCCAUGUCAUCAAGAUACCAUUGGAGUAUACAGCAAUCUUGCAGCAACCUAUGAUGCAAUGGGGAGAGUUCAAGAUGCAAUUGAGAUUCUGGAGUAUGUUCUUAAAUUGCGCGAAGAAAAGCUUGGAAUUGCAAAUCCUGAUUUCGAAGACGAGAAGAGAAGGCUACAAGAGCUUCUGAAGGAAGCAGGCAAGACUCGAGACAGAAAAGCGAAAUCACUCGAAAACCUCAUUGAUCCCAGCUCGAAGAAGACGAAGAAAGACGCGGCAAAGAGGUGGCCUGGCCUGGGGUUUAGAAUUUAAAACAAGAAAAAAAAAGGAAAGGUCCACAUUCUUAAGUACCCUCCUACAUCCAUCUGAUUUCUUACAAAAUGCACAUUCUGUAACAUAGAUCAUCAUCAUGUAUAGGGUUGAAGUUUUUAAAUUUCCGCGAGGUUUUUUCGUCCGUUUCUCGAGCUUUGGAAUUCUCUCUCAUUUAUUUUUCUCCUGGUUAAUUAUUUCAUUGAAAUGUCUGCUGUUGUGAGCUUGAAGUUGUUCACUGAUAAAAAAAAAAAGGUUAUGAAUCCGAGUGAAUAAAAAAUUCUUGUAUGCC